UCCUAUAUAUUUUUAAAAUCAGAAAUUACAAAUUUUAGCGCGCUUAAACAAAAAAUUUGAAAACCCGCCAAAACUUUUAAUUUGAUUGAAGAUCCGCAUGAACACACUAAAAUGAAUCUACACCGUCCAUUAAGAAUAAAUCAACGCUCAAGAUUCAUCCUCUUCAUUUCACCACUACUAUAAAUACCAAACUCAAAUCCCACACUUUCCACAACAAACUCCAUUUUCUCUUCCAAUUUUCCCGAGAAACAAACAACUCAACUUCAUCCCCUCAAUGGCUCGUACCAAGCAAACAGCAAGAAAAUCCACCGGAGGAAAGGCUCCAAGGAAGCAACUGGCAACCAAGGCGGCAAGAAAGUCUGCUCCAGCCACCGGAGGAGUGAAAAGGCCACAUCGAUUCAGGCCAGGAACCGUUGCAUUGAGAGAGAUCAGAAAGUACCAGAAGAGUACUGAGCUUUUGAUCCGAAAGCUUCCGUUCCAGAGAUUGGUGAGAGAAAUCGCUCAGGAUUUCAAGACCGAUCUUCGAUUCCAAUCCAGCGCUGUGUCUGCUCUUCAAGAGGCUGCGGAGGCUUACUUGGUCGGUGUGUUUGAAGAUACUAAUCUCUGUGCGAUCCACGCUAAGAGAGUUACAAUCAUUGUUGGAAAUUAUUUGUUCUAACCAACACACUUAAAGAAACAAGUUAAUACUAGUGCAAAAGUGAUAUUUUUAAAAAUUUCUACACUUUCUGUUUCAGGCCCAAUGUUAAAAGCCCAACAAGUUAAAGAUCACACACACAAAGAACCAAUAAAGGUUCGGAUCACACUAAUCAAUUCCAAAGAGAAACAAAGUUUCUCUCUCCAAUCAAGCACCCUUUCUUUGAUACAUAUAUACCUUCGGUCAAACCAACAAAAAACCAAGUCAAAACUCCCUU